GCAGCGCAUAGCCAUUGUCCGCAUAACCCUAGUCAGUCGGCUAAUUCCAAAGAGCCAAAACUCCAGUUCGUUCAUCUUCUCCGUUCUACUUCUACUCCUCUCACGCGGUCAGCCGGUCACUCUUCUCCGUCAUCUGCUGCGGGCCUGCGGCGGUAAGCAGCUAAGAGGACGGCGGCCAGAGCAACUCCAGGUCUCCAACAAGAAGGACGGCGGCCAGGACUGCAUCUCAAACCACAGUGCAACUCCAGGUCUAGGUCUCCACUCUCCAGCAAGAUUGGGUCUUCCAGGUCUGCAUCUCAAACCACAGUGCAACCUCCAGGUCUUAUCCAGGCUUUCUCUUCACUCGGAUUUCAACCAUGGAAAUCGAGAAUGUAACCUCUGAUGUGACGAUGGACCCACCUCCUGCUAGCAAUCCAGGCAGCCUUCCAGUGAAGCCAAACUUCAAGCCACUUACAGCGCAUGAAAUUUCCGAUGGCCAGGUGCAGUUCCGAAAAAUUCCUGUGCCGUCGCAUAGGUACACACCUUUGGAGAAAGCCUGGAUGGACAUCUACACCUCAAUCUUUGAGCAGAUGAAAGUCGACAUACGUAUGAAUUUCAAGGCCCGUAGGGUGGAGCUAAAGACCCGACCUGACACCCCUGACAUCAGCAACAUCCAGAAGUCCGCCGACUUUGUGCACGCCUUCAUGCUGGGCUUCGACAUCUGCGACGCUGUUGCUCUCCUCCGGGUGGACGAGUUAUACGUUGAUUCAUUUGAGAUCAAGGAUGUGAAGACCCUCCGAGGGGAGCAUUUGUCCAGGGCGAUUGGAAGGUUAUCUGGGAAAGGAGGAAAGACGAAGUUUGCUAUUGAGAACUCGACUAGAACACGCAUUGUGAUUGCUGAUACUAAGAUUCAUAUACUAGGUUCAUUUACGAAUAUAAAGGUUGCAAGAGAUUCACUUUGCAGUCUGAUUAUGGGGUCUCCUGCUGGGAAGGUGUAUUCCAAGCUUAGAGCAGUCACCGCCCGUUUGUAUUAAAUUAUGGUGAAUUUAACACAUAAGUAUUUUCUGAAAUUUUGCAAGGGUUCUCUAGGUGACAUUCCUGCUCGUCUUGAUAUUGUAUUCAUUACAAAAGUGUAGCUGAAUUAAGUGCCUUUUAUCAGAUUUGUUUGGCCCCUGCCUGUGCUCAGCUUGUUCUUUCAUGUUAAAACAUGACUUUCCCAAUUUCUUGUUUAAAAGAGACUUUCUGGGUUUACUUGCAAUGUCAAUGUCUGGUAUUAAAAAAUGGAAAACUGUAUUAUUAAUCCUCC